UGCUUUCAAAAAUGAGCUGACAUUGUUAGAAAAGGUUUGGCAUCCUAAUAUGGUUCAGUUUGUGGGAGCUGCUACUCAGAAUAUACCCAUGAUGAUUGUUUCAGAGUACCAUCCAAAAGGAGAUUUGGCGAAUUACCUUCAAAAGAAAGGACAUUUACAGCCUUCUAAAGCUCUGAGAUUUGCUCUUGAUAUUGCUAGCCAGCUUGUUUUCACCACAUUGCAAAGUGGGACCGCACGGGACAACUUCCCGACAAAUCAACAAUCAUUGUUUGGCGGUCUGAAACACAAUGAAUGGUGAUUUGGAGUGUGAGCUAAUUUUAACUGCUAAUGUGUGCUACUUCUUCAUGAAUAUAAAAUUGCAGUUAGGUCCUCUUUAAGCUGGAUUGGGCUUGGGCUGACCCUAUGGUUGGAAUUGGUCAGGUCAAGUAUGGUUACCUGAUUUGGCAAUUCUGCUUCUAUCCUUGUGCUUUUCUGUUGGAAUGUAACUCUUUAGAGAUGGUAAGCUUGUUUUGCUCUUUCUCAUUUUUUAUUUUAUUUAUUUUUUCUUUCUCUAACUUUUUGGUCCAUGCAAAAUUCAUUUUUGGUGAUCUUUUUGGCCCAUGAACUUUGCACCAUUCCUCAAUUUGGUUUUCUUUUUGUUAGUUUCUAUACUAUGACUUGCAU